AUGCUGACUUUACUCCAGCUGAUAAAUGUAUUAUUGUUGACCAGCAUUGGCUCCACUGAUGCAGAGAAACUCUUCCACAGUCGGGAUCAUUCCGAUCUACAGAUCCCCUCCUCUCACCAGGCUGAGUUCAUAACAGACAAGGAUACUGCAGAGGUAUGGCUUCAUAAGACCAGUGAACUGGGAGAGCUCCAGUUUGAAGAAUCAACAGGCCUUUCUAACGAUGAAGACUUUCCUGGCGAGGAAGACCUAUCUGGGAUACAGGAGGGAGACUCAUCGUCACGUGCAGAGACUGAUGACGAUGAUGAUGACGACUCUCCAAAUCCCACUGAAAGCCAAGCCUUCAUCUCAGCUCUCAGAGAGUUCCAGAAGGUGUCCGGCCUGUCUGUCACAGGGCUGUUUUGAUGACGCACCCAGGCUGCCAUGGAACAAGCCUCGGUGUGGGGUCCGGAUAAGGAGACUGAUGAUGCUACUGAUGAAACCCCUCCUCCUACCACUGCUACUGAAGACCUCAUCAGACCCUCUACCACUGCUAUGAUAGACCUCAUCAGAGGCCUCCUCCUACCACUGCUACUGACAGACCUCAUCAGAGCCCUCCUCCUACCACUGCUAAUGACAGACCUCAUCAGCAUCAGAACCGCAUGGCCUCACUGCUGUCUAAGCGGAGGCAGAAGAGACAUGUGGGGAAACGUGCAGGCGGAAACAUUGGCAUUCUCCAAAAUGGUGCUGAAGUGGAGGCUGAUAGGGGAGGGUUACAGCAGUCAGCUGACCAUACAGGACCAGAGGCAUAUCAUCAGCCUGGCCUUCAGGAUGUGGAGCGAGGUGUGUCCUCUGGAGUUUGUAGAGGACACAUCCUCUCCCCUGGAGUUUGUAGACAUCAGCCUGGGUUUUGGCACAGGGAGACACUUGGGAUGCAACCAGAAGUUCGAUGGUACUGGCCGAGAGUUUGCUCACGCCUGGUUUCUGGGAGACAUUCACUUUGAUGACGAUGAACAUUUUACUGCACCGAACACUGGCAGUGGGAUCAGCCUGCUCAAAGUGGCAGUGCAUGAGAUAGGCCACGUCCUGGGCCUGCCUCACGUCUACAGUACUGGCUCCAUUAUGCAACCCAGCUACCUGCCCCAGGAAGCAGGCUUCGAGAACUGGAUGGACAGGAAGGCAUACAGCACCUCUAUGGGCCAGUUCAACACCGUGUUUGACUGGAUCAGGAAGGAGCGUACCCAGUGUGAGGUGGUGAUUCGUUUCAACACCUACUUCAUGAGGGACGGCUGGUACUGGCUCUAUGAGAACAGGACCAACCGAACCCGCUAUGGUGACCGUGCUCUUCAGAUGGGCUGGCACGGCAUACCCACCGACGGGGUCGACGCAUGUGUUCACGUGUGGAACAGGAACACUGAUGCUGUCUACUCUUUUAAAGGCACCCAGUACUGGAGGUAUGACGAUGACAAUGACCAGGUGUUGACAGUGGACCCUGAAGGACACCUCUACCCUAGACUCAUCUCUGACGGUUCCCAGGGUGCCAGUCCUAUAGACACAGCGUUCUAUGACAGGAGGGACUACCACAUCUACUUCUUCAAAGGCCAACAGGUGUAUGUGUUCGACGUGACAGCCAACCGCUUGGCCCCAGGCUUCCCAAGGAAGAUCACAGCUGUGUUCCCAGCAGUAGUGUCUGGGGACCACCCGGGCGGUAACAUAGACGCCGCCUACUUCUCCUACACACACAACGCCGUCUUUCUCUUCAAGGAGACACAGUUCUGGAGGGUGGUGGGGAGGAGCAGAGAGCGCUGGAGGAGACCGUCGCUGCCACGCAACGGCCUGAUGCCACACAGGAAGGUGGAGGAACAGUGGUUUGAUAUUUGUAACGUUCACCCCUCGGCUCUGAAGGUGGCUCGUCGCUGAGAGGGGGGGCUAUGAGGGUACCUCGGCCCUGAAGGUGGCCCGUCGCUGAGAGGGGGGGCUAUGAGGGUACCUCGGCCCUGAAGGUGGCUCGUCACUGAGAGGGGGGCUAUGAGGGUACUGUGGGAUUAGGGGAGCCUGGACCCAGAUCGGUCUGCACUCGUACCAACUCCAAACAUGACACUGGGUGAGGGAGCACAGACUGGCCCUGUAGCUAUGACAACAGAGUUCCCAAAGUGACCGCUGGUUUCACAGUAAACUCACUUAUAUCCUAUUAUAUUAUAGGAUGUAUUAGUCUACAACACAUUUAAUUCAUUAUGAUAACUAUUGUUAACUAUUAUCAACCUUGUACAUGUCAACAAUAUAUAUUUCGUUGUUUCAAAAACAUUGUUGUUAUUUUAAUAGUUUACACAGAGGUCGUUGAA